AUAACAAUGUCAUAUACGCUUUACGAAAAUAUAAGACAUGUUGACAACUAUUUAGUCAAGUACACAAUUAUCGAGAUUUAUUGGUAAACAGUCCUUGCUAAGUCGGCUUGAAGUUAACGACUUUCUUCUUACAUUCUAAUAUUAUAUAAGUCCAUAUGUCAGCUGAUAUCACACUACCGAGCCACUGCUUAUCACCCCGCUUAUCAUUAUCGCGAUCGGAUAUCAUUGGUAACAAAUUAGUGCUGCAAUAGAUUAUAAUAUUUAACUUGUACAAUGUUUUAUAAUAACAAAUAUUUAUGACACAGGAUAACCUCGAGUUUUGCGAUAAUGUGGUGUAAUACAGAAAAGAUUAUUUUUAUCUUUAUGUGGCUGCUAUGCGUGCAGUCGAUGAUAAUGGCACAUCACGCCGAGGAUAGCUGCUAUCUAUCAACCAGCUUAAUUGAAGAGAUAGAUUCCUAUGCGCCUAUUGUGCAGAGAAUAAUCGAUGAAUGUACAAAAGGUUCUUUCAAGGGAGCCACGUGGCAAGAUCUGGCGACGUUUGUCGACAAAUUUGGCCCAAGGUUUACCGGUACCAAGACCCUUGAAGACGCCAUUGAUUAUGUAUUGAACAAAUCGGUCAGCUUAGGUUUAGAUAAUGUUCAUGGAGAAACGGCUACCGUGCCACACUGGGUCAGAGGCUCGGAAUCCGCGACUCUUUUGCAACCACGGCCGAAAGACCUGGCGCUGUUGGGACUGGGUUACAGUGUCGGUACUCCGGAAGAAGGUAUCACGGCUACCGCUAUCGUAGUCAACGACUUCGCAGAACUUAAGAAAAGGGCGGAAGAGGUUCCCGGGAAAAUCGUCGUAUACAAUCAAAAGUUUGUCUCGUAUGGGGAGACCGUGGAAUAUAGAAGCUCGGGAGCCGUAAGAGCGGCAGAAUUGGGAGCCGUGGCAGCUUUGAUCAGAUCCGUAACGCCAUUUUCAUUGUACACCCCGCACACCGGCAUGAUGAGUUACGCAGAGAACGUUACUAAAAUCCCGGCCGCUUGUAUAACUGUCGAAGACGCGACUCUUCUGGGAAGAAUAGCGGACCGAGGUGAAACGAUAGUCAUAAAUUUAAAAAUGGAAGCGAAACAAUUCCCCGAUACUCAGUCGCGAAACGUGAUAGCGGAUAUCACUGGCUCUGGCGCGCCCGAAAAGGCAGUCGUCGUUUCCGGACACAUAGACAGCUGGGAUGUUGGAGAAGGCGCGUUGGAUGACGGAGGCGGCAUUUUCAUAUCCUGGAACGCAUUGAAAUUGCUGAAACACCUCGGCAUCCGCGCGCGAAGAACGAUAAGAAUGAUAAUGUGGACUGCCGAGGAACUUGGCCUUGUCGGAGCGGAGCAGUAUAUACGAAAUCACGCUGCGGAGAAUGGAAAUAUGCAAUUCGUAAUGGAAUCCGAUUUCGGCACUUUCGCGCCCGUGGGCCUCGAGGUCUCGGGAAACGAGAUGGUUCAAUGCGUAGUCCAGAGAAUAAUGCGAUUGUUAGCCCCACUGGGUGACAUGGAAGUGAAGAGCCCGUGCACGGCGCCUGAUAUUUCGUUCUGGAUUAAAGCUGGCGUGCCAGGUGGCGGUCUCUUGAAUCGAAAUGAAAAAUAUUUCUACUAUCACCAUACCAACGCGGACACCAUGCUGGCAGAAAACCCGAAAGCUCUGGAUAUGAACACAGCCCUAUUCGCAGCGGUGUCAUACGUUCUAGCGGAUAUUAGCGUUGAUCUGCCUCAACGCAAUUGCACUAGCGUGCCGUGUUGAAAUCAGCUUGAUGUGUGCAAUGUACCUAUAUGUAAAUCACCAAAAUCGCGUAUUCAUAGUGUUUUAUUUCAAACGUGCCUGUAUGUACAAUCACAGGAUAUAAACGAUUAGGCCUACUACAAUUA